CCUUAGGGUUUUUGUGGCCACAGAGACGAAUCGGACGGAGAGAGAGAAAGGGGGGAAAAUGGUUAAGUUUCUGAAGCAGAACAAGGCCGUGAUCCUCCUUCAAGGUCGGUACGCCGGCAAGAAGGCGGUGAUCAUCCGGUCCUUCGAUGACGGCAACCGAGAGAAGCCGUACGGUCACUGCCUCGUCGCCGGAAUCAAGAAGUACCCCGCAAAGGUGAUCCGCAAGGACUCGGCGAAGAAGACGGCAAAGAAAUCUAGGGUUAAGUGCUUCGUCAAGCUCGUGAACUACCAGCACCUGAUGCCGACUCGUUACACCCUCGAUGUGGAUCUGAAGGACGUCGUGACCCUCGACGCGCUCCAGUCCAAGGACAAGAAGGUGACUGCUCUCAAGGAGACCAAGGCCAGGUUCGAGGAGCGUUUCAAGACCGGGAAGAACAGGUGGUUCUUCACCAAGCUCAGGUUCUGAAUAAAAAAUGAUGGGUGUUUUGCCUUUUUCGGAAUCGAAUUGAGCUUGGGUUUAUUUGGUAUCCCUGUUUUGUUUGGUGAAGACCUUUACAGUUUUGAAUUUUCUUCUGGAUUUGUCUCUACUUAAUGCAUUUUGAUGUUCUUCAUCCAUCGUUUCAUCUGACUCCAUUGGUAGCUGAAUUGGCAUGUUGGUAAAAGCCCUAUUUUAUUUGGGAA